GGUGCUGAGACACAACGGGACGAGAUCGCUCCGCCAGCUCAAAGAGUCCCGCUGUCCCCGCCGAGCCCCGCGCACCCCCGGGGCACAGCAGCGCUCAGGGCUCACCCCACGAUCCGCCCUCCCUGCGCCGCUGCCCGGGCUGCGGGAGGCUGCGGGGGGCGCUGGGGAUGGGAGAAGGGGAAGGAGCGCGGAGGGAUCCGCGAGGGCGGGGCGAGGUUUGAAAGUGUGAGGCGGGACCGGCGCGGGGCUGAGGGAUACCCAAGGUGAGACUGCCCAAAAGGAUCCACACACUGAAAAUCCACAGGGAUACCCAAGGUGAGACUGCCCAAAAGGAUCCACACACUCUGAAAAUCCACAGGGAUACCCAAGGAGCAAAGGCUGAGUGAAUGUUCCUUCAAAUAAGUCCCAAACAAUGCUCAGAGGACCUAAAACUCCCCUGGAAGUUAAAGAAAAUGAGAGUGGCUUUCCUGAUCAGAAGGAAAAGGCCUCAAGAGAACAGAAGAGCUGCAAAGUGACCAAAUCCAAAAUCAUCAGACCAUCCAAAAAGGAGAAUUUCACUGAUGGGAACCAGCCACAGCCACCAAAACGGGCCCUGAAAUGCCCCAAAAGCCCCAGACAGAAUUUGGGUCCCUCCCAGGGGGUUGGUGGGAGCUGUUUUGGGGUGCUCAGUGAACCCCCCUUAAAUCUGCACACAAAGGAGGAUUUUUCCAGCAGCCCAGCUGCCCCCUUGGGAAAUGACUUCACCACUCCUGAGAGGGACAAAGUGGGAGGAAAAGCUGAUUUUGGACUGUCUGAACAGAGGAACAAAGCUGAUUUUGCUGCUGUGAUAAGUGCAGAGUUUGGGAUCCCUCAGGAAAGUUUUGGCAAAAGAGCCACAGGUGCUUCCCCAAAAUCACUAAAAUUUAGGAGAAGAUCAACCAUUGGUUUGAGGGGAUCACCAGAAAACAACUCCCUGAUCCAGUACCUGGCCCAGCAGAGGAGCAGCAGGCAGAGGGAAACUUUCACCCAGAUCAGUCCUUAUCAACCUGCAAAUGUGAGGUCACUGAAGGACAAGAUUGAUGCUUUCCAAGCCUCCUUUGAAUCCCUGCAAGAAUCUGAGGGGGAGCCUGAGCUCUCACACCUGGGGAAAGGAGCUUCCUCUCAGGACAAAGCACCUUUUUUAAAAGAGCCAAACCUGGAGCAGUGGAAUGAAAAGUUCAUGUUGGGCAACAGAGGAGCUGCUUGGAAAGAAAAUUUCAGCAAAAAUGGGAGCAAGAGCAGCAGGAGUGAGCUCAGGAUCUGCAGCAUCUUGUCCCCUGUGACUGUCACUGACCCUGCUGCUGCACAGGAAUGGGUUUAUGAGCAGCAAAAUCCUAUUAAAUCCUUGGAGACUGUUCUAACUGGAGAUACCCUGGAAAAAGGCCAUGGUCCCAGGUGUGAGCAGAGUGAUGCUGCCUCAGCUCCCAGCACAAGUGGGGAAGAUGAGAGCCUGGGAGUGCUGGGGGGAAGCCAAGGCCCUGUGACACCUCUGGGAACAAGGAGCAUUGCCAGCAGUGAGCUCUGCCACAGCAGCUCCCUGCUGAGAUCCAUCCUGAAGAAAACCCCAGGGAGGGAGCUCAGGGGCAGCCCCAAGGUGGGCUCAGAGCUGAGGGAAUACUCCAAGAGUGCCAUAGACAGAGGAGGAGAUGAAGCUGCUGCAAUCUCCAAUUGUGUAAAAACCUUGGAAACAUUGCAAACAGAGCCAAGUGACACUCAGAGCUCCAAAACACCAAAGAAGAAAAAAGUGACUUUUGGGGAAGUUCUGAGCCCUGAAAUCUUUGACCAGAGCCUUCCUGCCAACACCCCCCUGCGCAGAGGAGCCUCCCCAGGGCAGAGCCCCUGGGCCAGGCUGGGCCUGCCUGAGCAGCCUCUGCCAGUCCUGGACUUGGGCUGGGGUGAGGAAGGUGUUGAGCCUCUCCCAGAAUUUCUGGAAGAUUCUGCUGCUGCUGUUGAAAAUGCAGAAGUAGCAGAGACUGACAAACCUGACAUGAUAACUUGUUCUUCUACUAAAAGGAAGCAGGGCAGGGAGAUGGCAGAGGACACUGAGGGGAGCAGCUGUGGAGCCACAAACCCUGGGAGUGACAGAACCACUGGGGGUGCCACAAACCCUGGGAGUGACACAAACCCUGAGAGUGACACAAACCCUGAGAGUGACAGAACCCCUGGGGGUGCCACAAACCCUGAGAGUGACACAAACCCUGGGGGUGACACAAACCCUGGGGGUGACACAAACCCUGAGAGUGACACAAACCCUGAGAAUCCAAGAAGGAGCAAAAUCCAGAAACAGAAAAAUCCAACCUCAACUGCUGCCAAAAAGCCCAAGAAAACAAAAUACCCAAGCUUUGGGAAAAGAAGGAAGAAAAAAGUCAAGAAAUCUUUAUAUGGGGAAAGAGAAAUGGCUUCUAAGAAACCCCUUCUCAGCCCAAUCCCUGAAAUUCCAGAGGUUUUUUCUUUUGUCUCCUCUCCAAACUCACCAAUUCUUACAGAGGGAGCAGCUGUGGGUGUCCCCAGAGCCAGGAGCAGCCCCCAGGCUGGAGGGAUCCCUGCCCAGGGAAUCUGUGCAGCUGCUGGGGGCCCAGAGCCUGCAGAGACUGAGCUGCCAGGGAGGCUGGAGGCUGCUGCUGAGUUUUCAGAUGCAGAAGGUGAUUUUGCUACAUCUGAGCAUUUCCAGCAAGGCAAAGACACUCCAUGUGCAAAAGAAGCAAAAGGAAGCAGUUCCUUGUUGGAAAAGGAGGAAUUCCAAGGAAUUCUAACUGGGCUGGAAGUUCUGGACCAACAGGAGGGUGCCCAGAGAACCAAGGAUUCUGUCAGGGCUGAUCCAGCAAGGAGGAGGAGAAGAAGCAGCAGUGCCUUCUUCCCUCCUGCUGGAAAUUUGGACAUGGCUGGUGCUGCAGUUUGCUGCUCCAGGGUGGAGGAAGCUCUGGCCGGCAGCAGCAGCUCUGAGCUCAGGGUGAGGCGCAGCAUGAGGCUCAGCAGGGGAGCCAGCGAGGGCCUGGCAUGGAUCCAGCUGCCCCCCGAGCCCCCCAAAGUGCCCCCCAAACCCAGGAGGAGCAGCAGCAGCACCUCCAUCCUGGCAGGAGCUGAGAAUAUUCAGCACAGGGAGCAAACCCUGCUCCCCCUGCCGGCCCCGGGGAAGGAGAAUGGAAGUUCUGCUCCUGCCAGGAGGGGGAGGAGGAGGAGCCUCUGUGAAAACACAGCUCCAGAAACGCCCUGGGCUCCCACCCAGAGGAGGAGAAGCACAAAUUCUGUCUGUGGGAUGGGCAGGAGUCACCAAAAACACUCAGAAGCAGCAGAAACUCUUGAGCUGAGAUUGAAAGAUGUUUCAGGCAUCUCUGGUUUUCUGAAGUGAGGGUGCUUAGAGCUUGUCUUGUCUCUCAAGUGCAGUUUUCUUUCCCACUUGUAUUUCCUCAAUUAUUUUCUUACUCAUAACUUAGAACUCAUUUUCCUUGUCUUGGUGCCUAAAAUUCUUGAAGGUCUGAACUGUGUGGCUGGCUGGCUCAGAGCACUGGUCUGGUUCAGUUAUGGCAGGUAAUGAGGAGAAUAAAAAAAUUCCUCUCCCUGAUAAAUGUGGGUUUGUUUUUAGGAGUUAAACCACGAUUUCAUGGAACUCUUAUUGCUCCAAGGGUUGGUUUCCCAUGUGCUUGACCAUUCCCUAUGAAUUGCUAUUGAAAUCUGCAUAUAUUUAGUGGAUAAAUACACUAAAAAUAGAUUGUCUGCAACAAAUAAAGGAAUCACUUCUUGAAAGGGAAGAGGAGGAAGUGGGGACCCUCUUUUAUCUUCUGAAAAGGCUUUUUGGGCAUGAACAGAGGUGGAGUUCCUUAGACUAAGAUUUUGUGUUGGAGUUCAUGAAUGAUUCUCUGAUGUAAAGGGUGGUCAUUAAAGGAAAAAAAAAAAAGCUUUUAAAUAAUUACUGUGUAUCAAAUUCACCUGGCAACUGGAAUUGGCUGAGGGCAGAGAAGCUGUGCCC